ACCCCGAAGGGCGAGGAUAUCUCCAGACGCCGGCAGCGUUGAAUGCGUACUUUCGCGGUGCCCUGGUGGCCAUGCAGCUAACACGCUUCAUGUUGAUAACCCUAUCCCAAAGCUCCUUUAACCACAUCUCGCCUCUCCCCUGCUAUUCUGCUUGUAGAUAUGUCUCCCAGUCUCCACACCACCGACAUUCGCCCCACACAAUUCUUCAUCACAAGUAUCAAUGUAGACCUGCUUGAGACUUCGAGAAGGCAGGUUGAAUACGUCGAACUUAGGGUGGGAAGCCGAACACUGGCAGUCCGUCAUGUACCCAUUCCCAGCAAGUCUCUCAGUGAAACCUUCAUUCCCGGCAUAGAGGUGUCGGAUGACGAGCAGUGCUUGGUUUCCGUUCAUUGUUGUCACCGUGUCAUCGGUAUCAUCGGUAUUAAUAAGAAGACCGUCGUGGAUCUCUCCUUUGCGCCGCAGGACAUAGCGUUGAGCCCAAACGCGAUAAGUGGAAAGAGAACCCUGCGGUUGGCGGAGGGGAAAUUGCAAGUUGUCGUCAGCGCCUCCGAAACACUUUAUCGGCCGGAAACAGGAAAGUUGAUCCCGUUUAGCGACAGCAUCCUCCGAACUUGUCCGAGAUUUCGACUACUCAUAAUGGGAAAGGAUGGAGUAGGAAAAUCGUCCUUGAUAGGCCGUGCAUUCAAGAUACGCAGUCUACGAUUCUACGAAGCAUGUCAACGCCAGGAUGGCAUUGACACCGAACUUAUCUUUCAGGAAAACGACAAGGUCGUUCUCCACAACAGUCGUAAUCCCGUACCGGGAACGAGUAAUAAUGUAGAGGCCUUCCUUGCACGGCGACGGAGUAUGCCUGACUUAAAGGACAGGGUUCAUGCUGUUUGGCUGUGCUUAGCGAUUCCUCGUGCCAACGAGCCCUUGUUUGAUGAGGACACGAAGAAAUUCAUUGAACGUCGGAGACAGAUUCUGGGUGACAUACCUCUGGUCAUCGUUUUUACCAAGCUGGAUUUAGUGGUUGGAGGAAUUGAGUAUGAAGCCUUUGGCAACGGGGAAGACCCAGAAGCAUGGUAUUUGGAAGAGCGCCUCCGUAAUGAACUGGAGAAGUCUUGCAUACAGCCCCUCCAGCGACUAGCUGGGACGGACAUACCGAACGUUGCUAUUUCAGUUCAGGAAGGUUACGAGAGCACCAUCGAGCAGCUGCUUGAGGUCACGGCCGGGAAGGUGGACAAGUAUGUUGCCAACGAGGCAGCAAUGGCCGCUCUUAUGGCUCAAAGGGCCAGUAUAUCUCUGAAGCUUAGCAAUUCUAUUUCUGCCGGAAAGAAGCGACAUUGGCGUGGGCUUGCCUCAGGCUCAAAGUUUUUGGGUUACACGCUGAAAGAUUGCUUGGAUGUGAUUCACACGGAAAUCGUCUCUUGCUGGAAUUUCGAGGACCCCAAUCGCUAUUUGGUUAGCGACCAGUUCAAGACGCUGAUGCUGAACGUGGUGGCAAACACUGAUACGAGAGAUUUUCCUGAUUCAGAUGUGGAGGAUGUUGGUUUCGGACUCGCUGUAGCAUCAGCUAUCAUAGGCAUCCGUGGGACAGCCGUUCGGGUCGUCUUGCCUAUUACAGCGAACAUCAUGUUAGUGGGAUGGGCGCAUGACUUGUACCAGUACUCUGGGACAGCGUCAUCCCAAUGCAUCGCAUACAUCGUGGACCUAACGGCCAUUAUGCAAAUACUCUUCCUUUUGAUGCCGCAAGGUCAUAUGACUAUCCCAACUAUCAAAUUAGCUAUCACGGCGUACAGCAUGGCUGGAAUCAAUGAAGUCCAUUCGCGCAUCAGGGACCACUAUGAGAACCCUCACAACGUUCUGGCACUGGGAGGCCGGGACCAUACGCUGGAGAUGAUUGUUCAGUUGAUAAAGGAAACCUCGAUCAAAUCAGAGGAGCUUGCUUCGCUGAGGGCGGGGCUUGGUGACCUGGGCAAGUUACAACGUGAUGAUCCCAGGUAUGGUUGGGAUGACGGUGACGAUUAACUUCGUCUAUAUCGACUUCUGGUUUCUGAUUACAAACGUGCGCUGGCCCUCACCUUUCUGUUGCUUGUCUUAACUAUAAAGAUUUGUAAUUUGUACCACACUAUGGUACUUCGUGAGUUCAAUGUCGACUACAGUGUAAAUAAACAUAUAAUAUGAUGCUCAGCAAGG